AUGUUCCCCCUCGUCGGCCGCUCUUUCCCACGUCAUACCGCUUUCCCCGUCACCCGCGCUUCUCCUCAUCACUUCCCCAAGUCGCCAAAGCUUCUUCUCAUCUCUCUCUCUUCUCCUCAACGUCCUCGUUUCCCUCGUCGCCAUAACGCCUCCGCUUCUCCCCGCCGCCCUCGCUUCCCCACGUACGCGCCUCCAUCUCCCCCACAUACCACCCGCCUUCCUCCUCAGACGCCACCCUCGUUCCCCUCCACAGAACGCCUUCAGGGGGAGGGACAGAGGGGGAAGGACAAAGGGGGAUGGCCCUCGCCUCGCGCGCUUCCCCUCGUCACACUCUAUUCCCCUCGUCAUACGCGCUUCCCCUCGUCACACUCUAUUCCCCUCGUCAUACGCGCUUCCCCUCGUCACACGCUAUUCCCCUCGUCACACGCUAUUCCCCUCGUCAUACGCGCUUCCCCUCGUCACACGCUAUUCCCCUCGUCAUACGCGCUUCCCCUCGUCACACGCUAUUCCCCUCGUCAUACGCGCUUCCCCUCGUCACACGCUAUUCCCCUCGUCACACGCUAUUCCCCUUGUCAUGCGCUCUUCCCCUCUCGUCAUGUGCUCUAUCUCUCUUCCUUUAAACCUCUCUCUCUCCCUUUCUUCCUCCCAUCCACACUAGUUGCUUCCAAACCGCCCCCCACCCUCAUCCCUCCUGAGGGGAAUGGGAGACACAGAGGGCCCUGUUUACCCUCUGCCCUGCUUCCCCGCACCCUCUGCCCUGCUUCCCCGCACCCUCUGCCCUGCUUCCCCCUUUGCCCUGCUUCCCUCAACCCUCUGCCCUGGGCCCCCCCACCCUCUGCCCUGCUUCCCCCCAUCCCCUUCCCUGCUUCCCCCCAUCCCCUGCCCUGCUUCCCCCCAUCCCCUUCCCUGCUUCCCCCCAUCCCCUUCUCUGCUUCCUCCCAUCCCCUUCCCUGCUUUCCCCCAUCCCCUUCCCUGCUUCCCCCCAUCCCCUUCCCUGCUUCCCCCCAUCCCCUUCCCUGCUUCCCCCCAUCCCGCUCCCUGAUUCCCCCCAUCCCCUUCCCUGCUUCCCCCCAUCCCCUGCCCUGCUUCCCCCCAUCCCCCUCCCUGCUUCCCCCCAUCCCCUUCCCUGCUUCCCCCCAUCCCCUUCCCUGCUUCCCCCCAUCCCCUUCCCUGCUUCCCCCCAUCCCCUUCCCUGCUUCCCCCCAUCCCACUCCCUGCUUCCCCCCAUCCCCUUCCCUGCUUCCCCCCAUCCCCUUCCCUGCUUCCCCCCAUCCCCUUCCCUGCUUCCCCCCAUCCCACUCCCUGCUUCCCCCCAUCCCCUUCCCUGCUUCCCCCCAUCCCCUUCCCUGCUUCCCCCCAUCCCCUUCCCUGCUUCCCCCCAUCCCACUCCCUGCUUCCCCCCAUCCCCUUCCCUGCUUCCCCCCAUCCCCUUCCCUGCUUCCCCCCAUCCCCUUCCCUGCUUCCCCCCAUCCCACUCCCUGCUUCCCCCCAUCCCCUUCCCUGCUUCCCCCCAUCCCCUUCCCUGCUUCCCCACGGUGCGCCACCGAAGCACCGCAUCCAGCAGAUCUUCGAGUGGAUCUGCCCUGA